UUUAACCACAGAUUCAGCGUCCAGUCAAGAUGGCGAGUGUUCUAUGGUUGGUGUUCCUGUCCGUCGUGUUGCCGAUCUCCCGAGCGGACGAUCGGCCCAACUUCGUGUUCCUCGUCGCCGACGACGUGGGAAUCGGAGACAUCGGCUGCUUCGGAAACGACACGAUCCGGACCCCGAAUAUCGACAGUAUCGCCGCUAACGGUGCCAAGUUGACCCAGCACCUGGCCGCCGCUGCCGUCUGUACCCCCAGCAGGUCAGCCUUCCUGACUGGACGCCUUCCCGUCAGAUUUGGAAUGGCGGGAACGGAUAGUCCUAUGGCUUACAUCUUUCUGGCUGCUCCAUCCGGGCUACCAAGGUCAGAGGUCACUUUCCCUCAGAUGGCAAAGGAUCAUGGGUACAAAACAGCACUGAUAGGAAAAUGGCAUCUUGGUCUAAACUGCAAAUGGGUAGGGGACCACUGCCACCACCCCAACAAGUUCGGGUUCGACUUCUUCUACGGAUUUCCUGGUUCAAACGCUCCCGAGUGCGACCCGGACAAUGUGACUCCAGGAGCCGGGGGGAAGUUUGCCACGGAUAGGGCGUUUUCCCGGUUCCACGUAUGGGACAUAUCGGUCAGCAUAUUCCUCUGCCUUUUGGCGCUCAAAUAUUUCCAGUACAUUCAAUGGAAAACACUUAUUAUUCUGUCCGUCAUUGGUUGGUCAGCUGUGAUAUCUAAUUAUGCGUUAGGGGCCAACGGUACACAGUUUAACUGCGUCAUGAUGAGGGAUGAUGACGUCAUAGAGCAGCCGUACGACGUUUCUACCCUCACUCCCAGAAUGACUCUCGAAGCCGUCAAGUUCCUUGAAGAAAGGAAAGCAAAGAAGGAACAGUUCUUGCUGGAAGUCUCCUACUGGAACGCGCACACCGCCCUUUUACCUUAUAAGGAAUUCCGCGGGAAAAGCCGACACGGUCUCUAUGGCGACACCCUGGAGGAGAUGGAUUGGAGCAUCGGGGUUGUCAUGGCAACGUUAGAGAGGCUGGGUUUGACCAACAACACCUUUGUGUACUUCACGUCUGACAACGGCGCCCAUAUGGAGAUAGGAGAUGCUGGAGGGUCGAACGGUAUUUAUAAAGGUAGUAAGGGACAAGGAGGUUCUGAAGGAGGAAUCCGCAUGCCCACAGUCGUGCAGUGGCCAAGAAAAAUCAAGCCCGGUACUAUAGUAACAGAGGCCACCAGCCAGAUGGACAUUUUCCCCACGGUAGCAGACAUCCUCAAGGCCCCACUUCCCCAGGACAGGGUGAUGGACGGGCGGAACAUCCUGCCGUUGCUAGGCGGGGCCAAGCAACCGUCUCCACACGACUUCCUGUUCCACUACUGCGGGAAUGUCCUGCACGCCGUAAGAAACAGGCCUAGGAAAGGAAAAGUGACAUGGAAAGCUCACCUGGCUUCCUACCCCUGGCUCCCUGGUACAACACGCUGCAGUCUCGAUCGACUCGCUUGCUUUUGUGGCGCCCAAUAUGGCGUCACCUUCAACGAUCCGCCAUUGCUGUAUGACGUCACUAACGACCCAACAGAAGACCGACCAAUCAGCGUCGACUCUAACCCGAAGUACCAAAAAGUUCUUGACGUCAUCAGAAAAGCUGUUGAAGAACACAAGCAAAGCCUGACUGAAGUAGAAAACCAGUUCUCACUGCGGCUGUUCACACCCCGUAUUUGGCUGCAGCCAUGUUGUAACUUUCCCUAUUGUAAUUGUCGAGAAGAGGUUGAUUUGUCCCCCCUUAAAAUCACUGUGAAAUAAUGAAUGAAUGAAUGAGUCUUAGAUAGAUGCAAACCUUUAUUGUACGUUUUUUGCUUUCUGACAAGCUAAGUACAGGUCAAGGUGAGUAGGAUACAUCUCCCAGUGAAGUAAAAUUUGUGUAGGAUGUGAUACAUGACUAAGACUACAAAGUCUAAA